GAAAGUAUUCUAACCUAAGAAAUACAAUGGUCGUCUUCUAAAAGUUUAUUUUUCUUUAUUAUUUAUCACCUUUAAUUUACAAUCAAGAUAAAUGCAUUUCAAAUUCCCCAAAAGUGCACGUAUUUUUUAUCUUUCCAAAUGAUUAGAUCUGUUCAACUUAUCAUCAGACACAAUAUUAAUAGCAUUGCGAUAGCUCAUUGUAUCACCAAUAUAUUUCCAAUAUUUUUGACCAGGAUGGCGAAUACUUUAACCAGUCAGGUAAAGCAUCUUCUGGACAGGCUUAAUACUGCCGAACAACAAGCCAGUGCCCUUCAGAUUGAGAUUAAAGAUAUUAAGUCUGAAAUAAAUACUUUGAGAGAUGCAGCUUCCAUGAUGAUUGAUGCCGACGAUCUAUUAAAUUGUAGUACGUUUUCAGCAAAGAGACGAAAAAGUGACUCAACAGACUCACCUAUGUCUGAUGCCGGUUUUAGUAAAAGACCCAAAGGAAAUCUCCCUAAAGAAAAUGACUAUGUUGUAGUCUACACUGAUGGGGCCUGUGAAAAUAAUGGCAAAACUAAAGCCAGAGCUGGCAUAGGAGUGUGGUUUGGUGAUGAUCAUUCUUUGAAUAUAUCAAAACCUGUGCAGGGUAGGGCUACAAAUAAUACGGCUGAAAUUCAAGCAGCCUGUGCGGCUUUAAAAUUAAUUAACGAAUUAGGACAUAAAAAGGUGAAACUUUAUACAGAUUCAGAAUUUACAAUAAACUGUAUCACGAAAUGGAUGAAGAACUGGAAACGCAAUGGAUGGAAACUAUCCAGUGGAGGGAUGGUGAAAAAUAAAGAAGACCUAGUAAUUUUGGAUAAUUUGUGUCAAAAAUUUGAACAUGUCGACUGGAAACAUUGUCGUGGUCAUGCUGGAGUGAAAGGUAACGAAGAAGCUGACAAGCUGGCCAGGUGUGGGGCUCAAAGGUACAAAGCACCGUUAUAAGUGACUUGAGUAUUUUUAUAGGAGAUAGAAAAAUAUAUUUAUUAUUUGUGCUCAAACUUUUUAUUAGAUGUAAUGAAAUUAUGCCUUUUAUGUGAUGUGAUUUAAAAUGAAACAAUGAAUUUUACAAAACUAUUUAUUUGAUUUUAAUACUUGUGGUUUAUAUAUAUAAUUUAUAUAUUAAAUAUAUUAAGCAUUA